AUGGAGAAACUCGCACUAGCGGUAGUAACUGCCACCAGAAAACUGAGACCCUAUUUCCAGUAUUAUUCGAUCAUAGUCAUGACGUCACAACCCUUUCGGACAAUACUCCAUAGUCCGAGCCAAUCUGGCAGGCUCACAAAAUGGGCAAUCGAGCUCAGCGAAUAUAACAUAGAAUAUAAACCACGAACGAGCUCGAAAGCACAAGUACUAGCAGAUUUCGUCAUCGAACUCGUCCCAAAGGAGGAUAGCUCGAGCUCGAAUACUAAAUGGAUAUUACAUGUCGACGGGGCAUCAUCGAAACAAGGAUCCGGAAUCGGAAUACAGCUCGAAUCCCCGACGGGAGAAAUGAUCGAACAAUCAUUUCGCCCAGGGUUCAGCGCGUCGAACAACAAAGCCGAAUACGAAUCCCUGAUCGUGGGACUACGGCUCGCAAGAAGCGUCAGUGCCCGAGAAAUCAGUGCCUUCAAUGACUCGCGAUUAGUCACAAGCCAAUUCCACGGAGAAUACGAAGCAAAAAACGAAAGAAUGGAAGCAUACCUUUCAGUCCUGCAAGAAAUCGCUCAGCAAUUCGACAAGUUCGAACUAACAAAAAUCCCAAGGGGAGAUAAUACAUCAGCGGAUGUGCUGGCUGCACUGGCUUCAACUUCCAAUCCAGCUGUGAAAAGAAUAAUACCAGUAGAAGGGAUAGAUAAACCAAGCAUAAAUCUCCCACGUAAGGAAAUCGAUCUUCUGGAAAACAAUCCCCCGCGCAUUGAUGCAAUCACUACUCGAAGUGGGGCACGAAGAGAAAGCCAGGGUCUCGAUAAUGAAAACAACGACGAGCCCGACAGUCAAUCGGCCCCGAGCACAUCGCGCGUCAGGACUAGAAGAACAGCGACCACCGCAGCUAUCCCUGAAGAGGCCGUCCAUGAUACCUGCAACGAGGCACACGAGGCCUUCAAGAAGGAGCUAGAAGCCAGGCCAGAUUGGAGAGUCCCGAUAUUUAAAUAUAUAAAGGACGACGAGCUCCCCACCGAGAGAUGGGAAGCUCGAAAAAUAAAAGCCCGAAGUUCGCGUUAUUGUAUCAUGGAGGAAAGACUGUACAAAAUAAGUCAAGACGAGCCCUAUCUAUUAGGUGUAUCCCCUAAGGACGCGUUCACAAUCCUGAAACAAACUCAUGGGGGAGUGUGCGGAAGCCACUCCGGGGGACGAUCCCUAGCAAUCAGGAUAAAGAAACUAGGCUACUUCUGGCCAACAAUCACCGAUGACAGCGAGCAAUUCGCGUUGAAAUGCGACAAAUGCCAAAGGCACGCGCCGAUGAUACAUCAGCUGACUCAAAAACUGUCUACGAUAUCCUCACCAUACCCUUUCAUGAAAUGGUCUAUGGAUGUGAUUAAGGCCGCAAGCCCCCGAUACCCAAAAUGCAACGUUCAUGCCGAAGCCGAAAAUAAGACUAUAAUGAACAACCUCAAGAAAAGGCUCGACCUCAAGAAGGAGAGGUGGGGAGAAGAGCUGCAUGGUGUCUUAUGGGCCUACAGAACAACCCCCCACACCGCAACCGGUGAAACUCCGUUUUCACUAUCUUAUGGAAUCGAGGCCGUAAUCCCAGCCGAAAUUGAGGUCCCGAGUCAGCGACGAGGAAUAUGUCCAGAAGACGCCGAACUCAAUGAAGGGUUGUUAAUCCAUCAACUGGAUAUGAUCGAGGAACGACGCGAAAAAGCAGCAAUAUGCGUACAAAAUUACCAACAAGCCGCGGCACGUUAUUAUGAUUAA